UGCGAAGAAAAUGGCGGCGGCGCCGAGCGGAGAUGAAGAGAGACUGGAAGAAAAAUCCGAGGACCAAGAUUUACAGGGUCUAAAGGACAAAUCCCCCAAAUCUAAAAAAGUUAAGAAAGAGCGGAAAGAAGAAAAGCAACAUGAGCGUGCUCAGCGCUCUGCGGAGCCAGUUGAAGCAGGCAAGGCUGAGAUGUCUGAAGGAGCUGGAACUGCUCCAGCUGUACCUGAAGCCUCUGCGUCUCCCAAACAGCGCCGCUCCGUCAUCCGAGAUCGUGGCCCCAUGUAUGAUGAUCCUACUUUGCCUGAGGGCUGGACUCGCAAACUCAAGCAGAGAAAAUCCGGUCGCUCUGCGGGGAAGUAUGAUGUCUAUCUUAUCAACCCCCAAGGCAAGGCCUUCCGCUCUAAAGUUGAGCUCAUCGCCUACUUUGAGAAGGUGGGAGACACUUCUCUGGAUCCUAAUGAUUUUGAUUUCACGGUGACUGGACGUGGGAGCCCCUCACGACGAGAACAGAAGCCUCCUAAGAAAGCUAAAACCCCUAAAACUCCUGGCACAGGCCGUGGACGAGGUCGACCUAAAGGUAGUGGCUCUGCCAAGCCCAGAGGAACUGCUUCGGAAGGUGUACAGGUGAAAAGGGUGAUUGAGAAGAGUUCGGGAAAGCUGCUAGUCAAGAUGCCUUUGCAGUCAUCUUCGGUGGGAGCAAAGGCAGAAGGCACAGGCGGGGCUACCACCUCAGCACAGGUCAUGGUUAUCAAGCGUCCUGGACGUAAACGGAAACCCGAAUCAGAUCCCCAGGCUGUACCUAAGAAACGGGGACGAAAGCCAGGCGGCGGUGCUGCAGCAGCUGUUGCUGAAGUGAAAAAGAAAACAAUCAAGGAGCCGAUCAUCCAGGCAGUCCAGGAGACAGUAUUGCCCAUCAAGAAGCGCAAGACACGUGAGGCUGUCAGUAUAGAGAUCACCAAGCCAGCUCCUCCUCCUCCAAGCAACACAGGGGAGUGGAGUUCCAAAGGACAGCGAAUGGCUGCCAAGAGCCCAGGGCGUCGCAGCAAAGAAAGCAGCCCUAAAGGGCGGGGUGGCAACGCUGUGUCAACCCCUGCCCCUUCCUCUUCUCCCGGCAAGAAGGAUCAGCACCUCCCUCCCCAUCAGCCAUCUUCGGAGCCCCAGGGCACCUCCCCUGCUCAGUCCCCUGAAAGCCCUAAGGACAGCAAGAGCCUUCCAGCCGAGCCCCAGGACUUGAGCAGCAAGAGCUAUAAAGAGGAGAGGGCUCCAGAAAGUGAUGGCUGCCCUAAGGAGCCACCUAAGACUCAAUCUGGUGGCACAGCAGUGUCCUACAAACAUGAGCGCAAAGAUACUGUGUCGUCCUCCACGGCCUUGUCCCGGCCCACAAACAGGGACGAGGCCGUGGACACCAGGACGCCUGUGUCAGAGCGGGUCAGCUGACUUUGCGGGGGGUGAGUGAGCAAGUAAGCGCCAGAGGUAACAAAGAGAGAGAGACAGGCACUCUCAACCCCACACACCCAAAUGAGACUCCAGGCAGCUGCUGGGUAGAAUUCCCCUUUCCCACAAUGCCCUGGCUUUCAACCAAUCAGCUUACCCCCAAACUAUCCCUUCUCUGUGUCCCUCAUCCCCCCAUUUUUAAUACAGACAAGCACAGUGUGGGGUACAGAAACAUGCCUCCCAGGGCUGGAAGCCACUUUGCACUUUUUCUACAGAAUGGGGGCACCCUCUUCCCUCUUCCUUUUCCCCAUCUGCCAUGCUUUGCUGAGAAUACUACUGACAAGGCAAGCUGUUUGGCAGGGGAGAAAUAGCUUCAAACUCUGGCUUGUUGCCCUGAUCCUAUUUGCCCUCCACAUUAUAGAGGCCCCAUCAACAGAUCGGGUGGAGAGGGGCCCAUGUGUGUAUUCCACUCCACCUCCCUAGUGCCAUGUAACGUAGUUGUCCAGUCUUAGUUGGGAGUUCUGUAGUUUUCAGUAGGGUGUGUGCGCAUGUGUACACAUGAGAGAGAGAAAUAGGGUUGUGGUGUAUUGGGGAACUAAUAUCCCUCAUCUGCCACUUAGGCCAGCAAUUAGGAAGAAUAUCCUCUCCCCCCAAGUACAGCUCUGCUGCUAAGACACCACUGGGAUACUAGAUGCAGCUUUGUAUUAAUGUCCUCCUUUCCUAUGUCAAUCCUGAAAGGAGAGGCCUUUGAUUUCGUUGAAACAAUCUGAGUGUGCUGAACAGCAUGUGUGUGUAUGUUUCUCACAUGCUAAGAGUUAAAAUGAGACGUUCUUCCAGUUACUAUCGAUGAUGUUAGCUUAGGAAACUGUUUGCACUAAUGGAGGCCUUUGUCUACCUGUUGGGGGGCAGUGGCGUGAAAGAUGUACAAAGUGUGCCUGUGUGUAUUAGAUGGGGCAUUUGGACUGAACACUGGCUCACCUCUCCACUUUACUUCUGGGACAGGAAAGUAGCCCAAUGUGUGUAAAACUUCCUGUAAUUUUUUGUGGGGAUUGGUACAUGGCAGUGGCUGAAUUGAGAAGCCUAGUUGCUUCAAAUAAUUUCCCUAUGGUUGGCAACCAAGCUCUUCCAAGGCUGUUGAGCACAUAUCUCCUCACUCCCCAGGAAAGCAGGGCUCAGCAGAGGUGUAGCGUUUUAUUGUGUAUGAGACUUUGUCUGCAAUUAAGGUCUAUUUUUUUUUUCUUCCCAAGAGCAGAAAACUGCAGCAUUCAGUGGGGGAAGGGGAAGGGCACUGGCCAUCCUAGCCUGCUUGUUUUUGUUUAAGUGAAUAUGUAGCACAGAGGUAAUCUAGUGUCUCCCCCCACCUUUUCUGGACUGUAGCAAAUAAUUCAAUAAGAAGAAAGGAAGCCUGGGUCCAAGUCAGAACUCAAGGCAGGAAGUAGCUAUCUUGAAUAGCUUUCAUUUUUUUUUUGCAGUGGUGUGAAAUGAUAAAACAAGCCCCAUCUUGUUUCAAGGGUCUUUGAGGACCUAAUAGACAAAUACCCUGAUAUCUGUGAUAACAUUUUUAUUUAAAAAGAAAACCAGUACACUAAAACGAGUCACAGAAGGUACUACUUUUGUUCAGAGCAGUAGCGUUUUUCAGUCUAAAUAUGCCCCCUCUUCCUCUUCACAAGCUGUUACUGGGAGGAAAAUAGAGAUUCCUGUAAUGGCAUUUUUUUUUCCUUUCUGGUAUAGCAGUUUGCCUGGGAGAGGACAAAAUUUAGAACAGGAAAAUUAUUUUGAGGGGGAGGAAUAUUACCUUUUUCCUCAGCAUCAUUCUUCUAAGCAGAAUUGGAGUUCCUGCAGUUAUAUAUAUCUGUACGUGCACGCGCGCACACACACACACACACACACACACACGGAGACUGGCAGGAGUCAUGUCUGUCUGAGACCUUGGAGAGCCACAUUGGCAUAGAGGGUGACUUUUCUUCUCCACUCUUGCCUAUCUACCAGACAUUGGAAUAAAGAUGUCUCUGUGUAUAAGCAGCCAAAGUGAAGUUAUUAACCAUAGAAUAUGUUCUGUUCAUAAGAGAGAAGACUCCAUUUUCUCUGUGGGAAGACUGAUGAGAAUUAGCCCUGCAGCCACACAGGGAUUGUUUUUUUUUUUUUUCCUGAGCUUCUUACACUGUAAUCAGAAUUGAAAGUUUGAUAUUUUCUUCUCCUUAUCCUUGAUUUGCAGUAAGGUUGGGGCUGGCUUCUCAUUUUUCUUUACCAAGAAUAAAAGCAAAGCCUCCUACUUAGCUACUAGAAUUUGGGCUAUGCUCUGCAGCUAAAUGGUGGAUUCUGAAGUAUACUCUAUCUGAAAGCAUAACCAAUCUGAAAACUAGCUCAUUAUUUAUUGGAAUGGUGUCUCUGUUUUGAGAAGUACAUAUGGAAACCUGAUGGAAAAUGUAAAGAAGCACGCACAAGGGGGAAAAAAAACAGUGAAGGAGGAAAUUACUUUGCAACAACUUAAACUCUUAAGGGCUUUUCCUCAACAUUAAAAAAAAGGCACAAAUUUAUUUUGGUGGGGGAGGGGAGUCUCCUAUCCACAGUUUUCCAAACCACAGUGAAUAUCCUAGUCUGUGGGAAACUAGAGAUGGGAAAAAUACAGUAUACUUUGAUAUUCAGCUGCAUUUGGGAUUUUUAAUACAAGGCUUUGAGCUUGACUUGAGAGAUCUAGAGUGAAUUUCUGUCCCUCUUGCUCCAACUUCUAAGUCUGCAAAGAAAACCUUCCAUCGUUUAUUAAUUCUUCUAAGUUAUGAGAUGGUUUUAGUAAAUGGAAUAGAACCUUACAUUUCAUUCCACUUUGGGGUCACUGAUGUGACUUUUUUAAAAUAGUAAACAUACAGACAUAUGUCAAAAUUGAAAGUGUGAUGGAUACAAUUUGAUGUGGCUGAGAUUUGCAGAGCACUGCCUUUGGAAGUCAAAGUUUAAUUUUAUAGAUAGGACAUCAUGAAAUUUUCCACAGAGGAAUAUCACGGUAAAGCAGCUCUUUAGCGUGUCCAGCUUGAAACACAGAGCUACACCAAGAAUAAAAAAUGGUGGUAGCAAUCUUUCCCAUUGGAAAAUUGAUUUUCUUUGAAAUUUCAGUUGGCCUGGCUUAUAAUUGAAGGCCAAGCUGGAUGUAAUGGUAACAAAUCAGUUUAUAGUUUUAAAAAUCAUGUAAAGAGUCCAGAAUUCCUGUAGUUUUCUCCUAUAGCCUGAUACAUACAGGUGUUUGCAGGAUGAGAAGCAUUCUGAAGCUGGGCUUAGAGUGCUACUGUUACAAUGCAAACUCCACCCCUUUCAUGUAUGUGUGCAGUAUCACAACACUUGUACAUAAGGAGUGGAUCUUGUGUCACUAUGGUGUGAAAAUGCCUUCAUCUUUUGUUCCCCCAAUCCCCGCUGUGGAUACCUGCUGACAAAUAUUUUCAUUUAUACACACAUUCUUCUUGGAAGAUUCUAAUAACAGGAAUUAGAUUGGAUGGAAAAAGUGCCUGGGGAGAGGAUGAUGGAGGAAAUAGCAGACAUGGAGAAUGUUGCUUCCUAUAGCUGCCUGCAGCUUACGCUCUAAAAUACGGACCCACACUUCCAGUUCAGACAUAAUAGAACAAGCUUAUGGCUAAGCAAACAAGUGUGUUGUGUCAGUUUAGUCCUGUUCCCUAUACUACAGGGCAUUGCUGCAUUCCAGUAUCUUUUUAGGAUUCAUAAUACUGUAGUAUACAGCUGAGACUACAAAUGGAGCUGUAGCUCUUCAGGAAAUAUACUCAGCAUUUGAAGUUUUUAGCAUUUGAACCUUCUGAACUUAACAUACCCAUAGGCAGAUCUCCUCUAGUUUACUACAGUAUUGGGAGUAUUAAAAGCCUCAUGCCUUCCUGGUUAUUUGGCAAAGAUAAUUUAGAAAACGUAGCUUUUGCUAUCAUAAGAGGAGCUCUGGCACUCUCCCAGCCAUGUACCUUCAAAAAGGUAUAGGUGACUGCUUUAUGUAAAAAGGUGGCAACCCUUUGCCAUGUCCUUUCCCAGCUAUCUCUUGAUGCCCAUUGUUGAGGCAGACAGCUGCCCUCGAAAUACCUCUCCCUCCCUUUUUUUUUAAAAAAUAUUUUCAUGGGAGAGAAUAAUGCACUUUAAAGUCAAGAGAGAAUAAUAUUCUUUCUUGCUUGUUUCCUAUUUGGGUGGACAAUAGAGCCACAAGCCCAUUGAGACCACAUGAUUUUGACAGUGUCUUGCAAAUAAGUGAGAAGAAUGGGUUUAAUAUGGAGUCAGAUGGGGAUAUUAAAAGAAGCUUCAAAAAUUGAGAUUUUUGUCAACUGAAGUUGCAUAUCUUUAGUUUUAAAGUAUACCUAUGAACAUGUAUGGGAUUUGAAACAUAAAUCCAAAUUAGAAUAGCAGUACUCAUAUAUCAGCUAAAAGCAUUCUCAUAUUGUAAUUAUUCUAAUCUACCAUUACCUGGAUUUGAAAAGCUUGUAAGACCACAGGGUUGUUUUUUUAAAUCUCAAGUGUCUCUACAUUCCAAACAAGUCAAAAGGUGGCACCUUUAUACCAUUUCCCUUCCUUGAGUUGUGAUGUAAGGUGGGAAGUUGAAGGUGCAUUUUGUCAGAGCCAAACUAGAUGCUUGUGGGCAGACCAGGAUUGCUGCUAGACUGCUACAAAGUGAUUGUAAGAGGGGCAGUUUUGCACCAGAGAAGCAGCAGGCAAGCAAAAAGUGUUAAUUCUGCUUGCUCUUUUUCUAACUCCCCCUGCCUUCCUCCCAGCAGAUAAACAUUUCUUUGCUGCAUCUGGCAUUCUUCGUGCUCCACUUUGCAGCUGGUUACAGACCUGGGUCUUCCACCAAAAUCUAGUUCAACCCAAAGAAAGGAUUGAGAAAGUAGAGCAAAAGUAUGGACAAGAGGGAAUAAUAGAAGUCUGGCCUCUUCCCACCAUUCCUUCUAAAGAUGCUGUUGGAACUAGCUGCUUUUCCAGAGUGAAUUACAUCCGUAGUAGCUUGGCUGGCAAUCUGAUUGCUUAUUUACAGGGUUACAAAGUUUUGUCUCCAAAGUGAAUAUCUUUAUCUGCCCACUUCCACCCAGCUCAUCCUCAAGACACAUGUGGAUAGUGCCUGGAGUUUGAGAGACUGUGCAAGAGGGAUUUACCUUGUUAGCAUUGUGAACCACCUGAUGUUUCUGUGUCAAGUGAAAAUAAACUUCUUGUCAGUUUCAAUUAUUAUCCAAUAAUGUGUAGAGUUUAACGUUAGACCUAAAUCUUUUUUGUUUGGGGAUUUAAUUUCUGUUUUGUGUGUGUGUGUGUGUGUGUGUGGUGUUUUUGUUUUUUUUAAGGCACCAAGUAGACACAGAAAAAAUUGUCUGAUUUUAUAUAUCUGUAUAUUGCAUUAUAAAUGAGCGGUAGCUUUUUUUUCUUCUGCUUAUUGCACCACUACCAAAUAAGGAUAACAGACUGACAAGCAAGGAAUGGUAUGGUCUGUUGAGAAAUUAUUACAUGUCAUUUUCUUUACUGUUAUUCCUAAUGUUCAGUAUCAUAGGGCAAGGGAAAACACCCUUCACAAUUGCCUGCCAGUAAAUUUUUGUCUAUGCCAGAGCAGAAGAUAUGUUUAGCUGGGCUGUGUUCUUACACUUUUGGAAGGAGAUUUCCUUUUUUGCCUCAGUGAGUUGGAAAAAUAACAGGAUGGUUGCAUAUAGCCAACAUUUUGAUUUUAUUUUUUUGCACUCAAAUCAACUUGUGGGGAAGGGCAAUUACUUGGGUUUGGGAUGAUGAAGUGGGGAAAACAUGGAGUAUUUGGUCUGUAUUGUGACUAACCUCCAUAAAAAUAUUUUCAAUAGAACUUGAGCCUAACAUUAUUGGCAUGAUUUAGUUCUGUCAGCUGUGACUACUUUGAUGGUGAAACAACUUAGUCUGGUAGUGUAAUUUUUGGAAAACUACUAUUGGUCCUAAACUGAACUUCUUAGUGCUUUUCCUUCUUUUUCUUCAUAGCAAAGUUCUUACCUGGUUUCUCCUUCCUCCACUUUCACUGUUUUCAGAGCUAGCAUUUCUCCUGCCACUCCUUUUAACUUUGUGCAUUGCAUGCCAUCUGGCAUAAAUUGGAAGCACUCCACAAUAGCAUGUUCCUUCCAUUGGCUGAAAACCUGCCCCUUGCUUCUCUUCUCUCCCCUCUCUUCCCUGCAUGUUCAGCAAAAGUCUAGGUCUGAUUUCCAAAGACAUCAUGUCUUCAUGGGUCAGUAUUUCACUGCAUCCAGAUGUGGCUCCAGGAAAGAAAAGGGUGUGAACAAAGAAGGGACAUGGCAAAUUCUUGGCUGGGGAAGUGGGGAAGUGAAGUAUUGAACUCUCGCUACUGUUCACAGUAUUUUUAAUUCAGAGAGAAUGAAUUACCAGUUUUUCAGAUUGGACUUUCCCCUUUCUCCUCCUCCUAGCGCUGCUUAUGCUUGCAUGAGUGAUAGCUGAGAUGUUUAGUCUGUGUCACACUUAAUAAUUUUGUAUUAAAGCUUUCAAGUUUUGUUGGCAUCUUUGACAUUAGGGCCCAACUAGCAUUCAUCAAAUCAAAGGCUGAUGUGUUUGGAAGCAGAUCAUAAAAAGAAAAGCUUGCUAGCACUUUACUGAUACAGUUCUCAUCAUAUCCCAAAAGGAACCAUUAGAAAGAGGACCAAAUAUGACAGUUUCCGGUCUGCCAGCUUUCACUUGCAAGUUGUGGAAAUCAGCAAUAUCCGCUCAGAGUAGCAGCUCAAAUUUGCCGUUCUUCCAAAAGCAAAGACCGAGCACAGAUUACACUUCUUGGGGGACAGUGUAACUGACUAUAUUCUUCCUAACUGAGGUUGGGAGAGAGAAUUUCCCAGUCUGUAAAUUGACAUGCAGAAGAGUUUUCUUCCAAGUAUGGUUUUCCUUCUCCAAGCCAUGUAGAUGGGCAGUUAUGUAUUACCUGCAUGAAGUGGCGGAUGAGUUGGAAAUUGAUUGAUUGAUUUUCUUUCUGAGUGCAAAAAAAAAGCUGCAAAGUCUUUCUUCCCUUUAUUGUACAGGGGGAGGAAUUCCCUUCUCCUGCUUCCAUAAAUCAACAUGCCACUUACAUUAAACCAACUUCCUUCUGCUUCACAAUUCAGUAGUGAUCACUAUAUGACCAAAUAUUACAAGGACUGUUAUUAGAUGUAUGCUGAGUGCUUGCUACCGUGUACAGCUCUUAAUCCUCACAUAGCCAACUAACUCUCUAGCCAGUGGCAUUUUUUUCCUUAAAAAAAUUCCAGAGACACAGAAUUUGGGGGUGGGGGGUGGGAGUUGUCUUUAUUUUAUUUCAAAUAGUGUUUUUUUCUGGGAGGGGGAUGGGACAGAAAAGAACUGUGGUGUUUGAGACUCUCAUUGUGUGUAGGGUUUUAUCUCCCCACCCUGAAAAAAAGGAAUGUCAAUGAAAACCUUUUGUGUGUGUGUGUGUGUGUGUGUGUGUUUAUUUUAAUGGUCCACGAGUAUGUAUCGUGAACAUUUCUGUAAAGUAAUUGUUCCAGGCACAAAUGCUUCAAAUGUGAGUGUGUCAAAUACCUGUAUAUAUUUUAAAAGGGAGGAAAGGUAUAUACUUUUAUUUUUGUCUUACCAUUGGCAGUAGGGAGAAAAGGGUAGUUUAGGUAGUUUUUUUUUUAACAACUUCCCAGGGUAUUUUGUAUGCUUCAAUUUCUAAUAAUCUACUAUCAGAAGUCAGUGUAGCAAAGCAAUUAGAAUAUGCUUAGAUUCCUUCAUUGAAACAUUCAUUUGGCUAGAAUGUAAUGGUAAAAAUACCAAACGAAAUCCAGGAGGAACUUGCAUCAUAAAACUUAUAUUUUUAAUAAUCCACCACCAGAAGGCAAUAUAGGAAAAAAAUGAGGUGGUGCUGUAGAUUCCUUCACUGAACACUCAUUACAAGAGGAGGAAUAAAAUAGCAAAUCAGGAGGAUCUAGCACCAUAAGCGUAUUAAAGAAGAAUGCAUUGAAGCUCUCCAAAAUUCAUAGUUAGCACCCUAUUAGUUGGGCUGUGUGUGUACUAAGGAUCGCCACACUAAUAUUUUUAAUGCCAAGAAAUCACUAUUGAUCCAUAUGAAUGAUCCUUCCACACUAAACCUCUAAUUUUAGGAAAAUAAAUAUUAAACUUUCCACUGAGAUUAAAUAGAGCUUUCUUGGCUCUUUUGAAGAAUCUGAAACAAUAUACUUCAUUGUGUACCCCUACCCAUAGUUCCUGAGCACACUUUGCAUUUGUUUGAUGCAUUUUUGGGACAAUUACUUUUAAGAAUUCUGAGUAGAUUGUUUAAUAAAACUUAAAAAUUGAUUGCUCUUUUUGUAGGUUUUGUCUACAGCCAAAAAAAAAAAAAGACUGAAAGCACUGACUAUAUUUAAAGAAAAAAGAAAAAAAAAGAAAUUUAAUAAAGGAAAAUUUGUAUAAUUUCAGUAAGAAAAUAACAAAAUCCGUCUGAAUGUACAUGUUUAAAAGAAAUCCACCAAAACCCCUCCCUACCCUUGUAUCCUAUUUAUUAUAUAAAACGUUUGCCUUAUAAAUUUACAAGAAAAAGUCCUUUCUUUAUGAGUGUCUCUAUCUUUUGUUGUUGUUAAAAACAAGCAUUUUCCUCUUCCUUUUGGGGAAAAAAUACUGUGGAAACUGCAUAUAUAUAUGCAUUCAUAUAAAAGAAUAAUUUAUAUUUUUAUGUUAAAAAAUACAUGCAGGCCCAGUUUUAGCACUCAGCAUGCAUUCUACACAGUAAUCUAGUUGCAUCUCAUGUUGGUAAGUACUGUAUUCUGUGCUAGAAUUGGAUUAUAAACCUAUGUAAAUGUUACAGAUCUGUUUGAGCCUUUUAUUACCGAGGUAGAAAUGUUCUGCCCUGCCAUUAAAAUAUAAUAUUUUUUUCUC